AACCAGACUCUUUUAUCUCCUUCGGCUUCCUCAUAAAUAGUUUACCUUUUUUUUUCUCACUUUGCCGAGAAAAUCUGAGAAAAAGCGAAAAGUUGAGGAUGAAAAGUCCGAUUCACACGGUGUGGUCAUGGGUGAGGAGGCAGCCACCGAAGGUGAAAGCCUUUCUCGCGGUGGUCACCGGCAUGGCGGCUCUGGUUCUGCUCAGAUUCAUUGUCCACGAUCACGACAAUCUCUUCGUCGCCGCUGAAGCUGUUCAUUCAAUCGGGAUCUGCGUGCUCAUCUACAAACUCAUGAAGGAAAAGACAUGUGCUGGAUUGUCGCUGAAGUCUCAGGAGCUGACGGCGAUAUUUCUAGCUGUGAGGCUGUAUUGCAGCUUUGUGAUGGAAUAUGAUAUACACACCGUUCUGGAUCUGGCUACUUUGGGGACGACUCUCUGGGUUAUUUUUAUGAUCCGUUUUAAGUUGAGGGCUAGUUACAUGGAGGACAAAGACAACUUUGCUCUCUAUUAUGUGCUUGUGCCGUGUGUUGUGUUAGCUGUGUUGAUCCAUCCAUCGACCUCUCACAACAUAUUGAACAGGAUUUCGUGGGCGUUAUGUGUUUACCUUGAAGCUGUUUCAGUGCUGCCUCAGCUGCGAGUGAUGCAGAACACCAAGAUUGUGGAACCGUUCACGGCGCAUUAUGUAUUUGCACUUGGAGUAGCAAGGUUUCUUAGCUGUGCUCACUGGGUUUUACAGGUUGUGGACACGAGGGGGAGAUUGCUGGUAGCGUUAGGUUAUGGAUUGUGGCCAUCAAUGGUUCUCAUCUCAGAAAUUGUUCAGACUUUCAUCCUUGCUGAUUUCUGUUACUACUAUGUCAAAAGCGUUUUCGGAGGGCAGCUAGUUCUCCGGCUUCCGUCUGGAGUAGUAUAAAGUUACUCUCAGUGAUGUAAUACGGAAAGGAGACGGCUCAAUUUUUUCUUUACAUUUGAUCUUGACGUUUGUGUCUGAGGUGACUUGGUAACGAAUUAAUUUCACUGUGUUGUAUAUUUAGUUACCAUCGAUGGGUGUUUACAUGUCUUUCCGGUUA